AUGGUGCAUGAGGGGCGGCGGCGCCCCAUGCGCGCGUUGCGGGGCGUAGCAGCACUAAGCGUGGCUCUCGUGCUCACAGGCUGGCUUGCGGAUGCGUGGGCCAGGACCUUCCUGCUGCCGAGAAGCAGUACAGCAAGCUCUCCGAUGGUUGGCCAGACACUGCAGAGAAGUCCGCCGCGCAAGCAGCUGCAGCUCCGCGCCGAGCCUGACGCUUCGGAGGGAGUCCGGGUAGGGCUUAUCCACGUGCCUGCAUUGAAGGACCAAGCCGAGGCGAUGCGGGCUGCCCUGGAAAAGUUGAACGUGACGAACGCCACGUACUUCCAAACAGAGGUGCCCGAGGCGGAGCAGGUCCCCCUCGCAGCCAAGCUCCUGGCCAUGCCAGGGUUCGCUGUGAAGCAACAUCCAUCCCAACCGAUGGCACCUCAAAGUCGCAAAGCCGUGAUGGCGGUCAUCAUCUUGGUGGCUAUGGCGGCUAUGACACUGACGAGGCCGUGGCUGGGAUUUGUCGGGAUAUGGCGUGCUGAUCAGGCAGCCAAGCUCGGGAGAAACCCUGGGCGGUUGCCACGCUCAGCAUCCCUGACGUGGAAUUGGUCAGACAAGCUGGGUGAAGGCAGCUUCAAAGAAGCUUACAUGGCAAAAGUCACUGGUGAGGGCGACUACUAUGGAUAUGAGGUCGGCAAGAACCUCGUCCUAAAGUUCAUGAAGCCAAAGCAGUACAAGAAGGGCUUUCGGAUUACGAGUGCAGACGUUGCAGCCCAAGAGCUUGCACAGGCUUAUGCUAAGAAGUUCGUGAAGGAGCACCGACCCAACAGAGGAGGCCAACCCUUGCAUGUCUUCUUUCGCAUCGGCAAGCUUGUCAACCUGUAA